ACCAAAAUGUAGUUAUCAUUUUUAUUUCCAUUUCUCUCCUCAGCAGUUGCAGAGGAAUCAAUGGCUACAGCUUCAGCUUCUCCCAUGGUCAGCCAGCUCAAGGGCAGAUUGCCUUCUUCCUUCACAAGGGGCCUGAUCAUUCCCAAGGGCAUUUCUGGAAAUUCUUUCAGGGUCUUGCCUUCCAAGAGAAGGCCGUGCUUCACUGUCAAAGCUAUCCAGGCUGAGAAGCCAACCUUUCAAGUGAUUCAGCCAAUCAACGGUGAUCCAUUCAUUGGAAGUCUUGAGACCCCCGUAACAUCGAGCCCGUUGAUCGCAUGGUACCUGUCCAACCUGCCGGCGUACCGCACUGCGGUCAGCCCACUUCUCAGGGGCAUUGAGGUGGGCCUAGCCCACGGGUACCUCCUUGUGGGACCAUUUGUCAAGACGGGCCCACUAAGGGACACACCAUAUGCAGGGACGGCUGGAUCAUUGGCAGCGGGCGGCCUUGUCGUGAUCUUAAGUAUCUGUUUAACAAUGUACGGUGUCGCCUCCUUCACGGAAGGUGAGCCGUCGACGGCCCCAUCGUUGACCCUGACCGGACGAAAGAAGGAGGCCGAUAAGCUGCAGACUGCUGAUGGGUGGGCCCAGUUCUCAGGUGGGUUCUUCUUUGGGGGCAUAUCUGGAGUCAUCUGGGCCUACUUCCUUCUCUAUGUUCUGGACCUUCCAUACUACAUCAAGUAGGUUUGUGAUUUUCUAUGGUUUGUUUUGGAAUGGGAUUAUGGGAAUUUUGUAUAUUUUGAUGACUGAUUUAUUACUUUGAUUAAAACAGUGUUAUAUGCAUGUAAUGUAACUAUCUAUCAUCUAUCUACACUUAGUCCCUGUGAUGGUCUCAUUCAAGUGG